AAAUGUUGAGAAUAACACGCUGCAUUUAAUUUUUAUUCAUUCCCGUAGUAAUGAACAACAGUGGAAUGAUGGAAAAUGUUAAAACCAAAAUUUUAGAUUUGCUAGAUAUUGUUUCUUUAUUUCUACAUUCAGUUUUGUGAACAGGGUCUCUGUCACCUAUUGCAAUGUCCUUUUUAAAUCAUUUUGGAGGACAUACGGAAAUGGAAAAUUAAAACCUGGCUUCCAAUAUUUCAAGAUGAAGAAAAAACUGAAGUCAACCGUAAUCUGGGUAAUUAGCGUGUUCCUUGUGAUUUACUUACUUUGUGCACCAUAUCGAGGAUUGACAAUUAAUACUGAAGACAUUUCGUAUAGACUUGUUCAGGCUUAUAUCGAUACAGGGAUAGUUCCACCCAUCACUGCGGCCUCUGUAAGCUGUGCUGAUCAAGGUGAAAAUGUGUUUUUACUCAUAAUGGUGCCAAGUGCAGUCUCCAACUUCAAACAGAGAGAUGCCAUUCGUCACACAUGGGGGAACGUUUCAAAAGUUAAGCCGACUGUUCAAGUCAACUUUGUCUUGGGUAAAAGUAAACACGCAGCUUUGCAGGAUUUAGCACAUACUGAAAAACUGAUAUACAACGAUAUUGUAUUUGAAGACGUUCUUGAAACUUACGAAAAUCUUACAAGAAAAUCUAUAGCUAUUUUACGUUGGACAGUGUCAUUUUGCAGCAAAGUUCGUUAUCUUUUAAAGAUAGAUGAUGACAUGUUCUUAAAUCUUCCCAGACUUUUACGCUAUCUAACGGAAUUUUCUCAAGUAAACACAAUACUUGGAUGUAAAGUAAGCCAUACUGCACCAUUUCGGAAUCCAUUUUCUAAAUGGUAUGUGUCACAUGAUCAGUAUGAGGACAGAGAAUAUCCGGAGUACAUAGCCGGAACUGCAUACCUUAUUUCCGGAGAUGUGAUAUACGAUCUCUACCAAGCAACAGAUAAAGUUCCUUACUUCAUAUUUGAAGAUGUUUUCAUAACUGGUUUGUGCCGGAAACAAAUCGGUGCUGUCGCAAAAGAGCAUCGUGAGUUCAGUUGUGGUAGUCGUGAAAUCGGACCAUGUGGGAAAAACUUUAGGUAUAUGAUUACCGGCCAUCACUAUAGCCCACCGGAAUUGACAAGAAUGUGGGUAGAACUACAAAACAGGUGGUCGGACUGCCGUUUAGUGGAUUACUUUUUUAUUUAUUCUCUGAUUGAUAUUUUCAAAUGGAUAUUUCUCUAAUAUUCUUACUACAGUUUUCUAGUCAUGAAAUGACAAUAAAAGUUGUUUACUGCU